AUGGUACAGAGGAAAGAAAGACGCCAGAGACUUGGCAAUCUUCGUUCAGCAUGUUCUACAUCAAAAUCAUCCAAGAUUCUGAAGCAUCUGAAUGUAAAAGAAAGGAGUGUUUUACUAAAGCAUAUUAUUGUCAGCGACAAAUAUAAGUUUCUUUAUUGUUACACCCCAAAGGUAGCAUGCUCAAAUUGGAAAAGAGUUGUCAUGGUGUUGGAUGGGGUAUCCGAUGGUUUUGUGAAAGAUCAUCCUCAUGGUUUGAAGUAUUUAUAUCAAUAUUCAAGCAAAGAAAUUGAUUACAGAUUGAAAAAUUAUUUCAAAUUUACAUUUGUACGAAAUCCUCUUGAAAGAUUGUUAUCAGCCUACAGAAAUAAAUUCGGGGAGAUAGAAGAUAUUAUGAGGACAUAUGGAGUAAAAAUUAAAAAGAGAUAUGGUAAAUCUGGUGCAUCACAGCAGGAAGAAUAUACUGGUAAGAUUCCUGGUGAUGAUGUCAGUUUUGAAGAAUUCAUCAGAUUUCUUCUUGAUAACAGUAUUGUUGAAAACAUGAAUGAACAUUGGGCCCCAAUGCAUACUCUCUGUCAACCAUGUGUAGUUGAUUACGAUUUCAUUGGUUCCUAUGACAACUUAUAUGAAGAUUCAGAAAAAGUAUUGCAGCAGAUUAAAGCACCUAAAGAUCUACACUUUCCAACUCGCCAAUCAUAUUAUUCUCCUUCCAGCUUAUCCACAACUGCGUAUUAUUACUCAGUAGUUAAUAACACAUAUCUUGAAAGUCUGUUUGCAAAGUAUUAUCAAGACUUUGCUUUAUUUUCGUACCCAUUUCCAAAGAUAAAAUAAUCUGUUGUUUUGUGGUAUACAUAGGAAAGUUUAUUGUGGCAAUUGCUUGGGUUGUAAGUAGAAAUGCCCAAUGAUAUUUGAAUGAAAUCAACGAUUUCUUCAUUUUUCUUGAGAUUGAUAUAUUUGAAAUUACAUUUUUUUGUGAAUUUUGUCUUUAACACAGCAUGCUCUUAUGUUAAUUUCUUUUUUGUUGAGAGAGAUAGCAUCAAUGUGAUUUUCUACACAGUGACUCAAUCGACACUCACCGACUUAUACCAUUCUUUGGUAGUAAUGUUUCAAAACAAUAUAUGCAUCAGUUAUUCUGAAGACUUUGUAUUGCAGCCAUUAAUAAAAAUUGUAAAUAUAUCAUCAAGAUUUGAUAGUUUAACAAUUUGUCUUAAACACUCACUCAUUUCAUGGAAUUUUGCACAAACUUGAAUUUUUUUAUCCCUGCUCCCUUGUAUAUAGUUAAAAAGGAAUAUGACACAAGUAUUUACCUGGUACUACGGUUAGCAAAUAGUCGCACUGUUUUAUAUAUUCAAUCUUGGCCAGUGCAGUUGCUUAGACAAAUUCUUAGCAUAAACGUUUCUAACUGUCCUUUAGGGAUAGUAUCGAUUUAGAAUGUAUUUUACUUUGUUCGGUGACUGUUCAUAUUUGUCUUUAGUUUAGUACAGUGGUUCUCAAAACGUGGGAACCACUGGUUUUGUAUCACCAUAAUUCUCGCUACAUUAUUCAAGUUAUUUGCUGCCAAUUUAAGGGGGAUUUGUGAUGAUCAAAUUCUUGGUCAAGCUAAUUUUUAUUCAUUAAUAUUAUAUUUGUAGAUUCAAUUUUUUAUUAGCUGCUAGAUAGAAAAUUAAUCCAAAUAUUAAUGCAAUGCAACCAAUGACAUGAUCCACUUCCAAAUUAUAAACUCGUGAUAAUUAGGUGCUCAGUAUUGCCAAACUAGCAAUUUUUAUAUUUCAUUAUUCUAAUCUUCGCUAUUCUCUGCAGUAUUUCAUGCUCAAAUCUCGUUUUUUUUUUGUGCUCAUUUUGUAUUGUCACCCAGCAAGAAAAUUUUUAUUUCUUCAAUAUUAGAAAAGCAUAUAGAGUAGCACAAAUGAUGUAUAAUCAUUCAUUUGGCUGUUUUCUAUCUGUUGUAUAUUUUUUGUCAGUUAGCAAGUGCCGAAAUUGCUUUCGCUAGCCAAAAAAAUAAAUAAACAGAAUAUAACACUGAAUGUGUAACUCUUUUUCAAAUUAUUUUAUAAACCAUUUUAUAUGUUUGGACUGCUUGUCAAUUUCUGUUUAUAUUAUUUCAUACUCUCACAAUAUUCAGAUUUAUUUCACAUUGGUUUGAUAUAAUCUGUGUUAAUAUUUUUAUGGCAUGCACUACCAUCCUUUCAAAAUGUCAAUCAUCCAUUCUUCAAGUUUGCAUUUUCUAGUACAUUAACCACUGUAUUAAUGGAAUUUUCAUAGACCUACUAGUCUCUUUUUAAUUAAAUUCUAAUGAAGUUACGACAUCUUGAAAGUCACCUAGAAAAUGUUGAGCGCUUCAAGGAACCAAAAAUUGCAUUGGAACAGUAUGUGACUUCUCCACAUAUUGCAGGUAAUCUGAUAAUAUAAGAAAUACCAAAAAAAAUUUCAUGAUCCGACUGAGAUUCUUUGUGACCAGAGUCCAGAGAGGAACUUUGUGAUUUAUAUCUUUGUUAAGCAGUGAUGACUGGUCCAAAGUAUGUUUUACUUUUAAACUUGAAAACAUACUGUGCGAUUUUAUUUAGGUAAUUCCUAAAUUUUCUGUAUGUUAAUUCAUCUUGGUAAAUAACAAGCCUGGUAUGAAUAAACAUGUGUAUGACCCAUCAGGCAGUGUUGUGUAGUCACAUAUACCAAAUAGUGACAGUGUGGCUUAAAAAAAUGUAUUGUCCAGCUGAGUCUGAAAUGUUUUGCCCUACAUCGCAGUUACUAUUCUCUAAUAGUAUUGUCAUAGUAGCCAUGUUUUUGAAGAUGCAUGGUUAUAUUCAUCUUGUGUGUUGAGUGUCUUUUGGAAAUAAAACAAUCUCUCUAUCUUU